UCUUUCAAAAGCCCCGUUGAAUUUGUUUUUAAAAGAUUUUCUGGGUAAAUCAGGAUUUGGAUAGAUGAUUUUUACCUGCUGACAGUAGCCGGUGGCCGACUUGUAGUCAUCUGGUCAAUCGCACCCCCACCCCCCGCUUCCAAGAGCCACUUGUCAUCCGUGCUUACUUGCUGGGACGUCACGCGGCCAGUCUGCACUCGCAGUACGAGCGAAUCCUAAGGGGAAGUCAGGCUGCGAGUUAAACGGUUGGAAACUUCCAACCUUUAUGGAAUGUUUCAUUCAAUGGGAGUGAAUAGAAGGCGAAAGAGACACGAGAAGACGUUCUUAGACAUAAGUUUAUAAGGCACUUCCGUGCUAUUCUUAAAAUCAAGUGAAGUAUGCGUGGAUAUAUAUAGGCUAUAUGGAUAUUUCUGUCUCCCUGGAGGGAUAUUGUCUUACUGAAACGACGUAGGCUGGUCUGAGGAGUGACAUUUCAGGUGAUAUUGGAGAGGAACUCCAGAGCGCCCCCUAACUGAGAGCCAUAACAGAGCGUCGGAGAAAGCCUGGCGUUAUUCAGUCAAAAUCUGCACGAUUCAUGUUGUAACUGUUUGACAUUGUUUAGCCGAAUUAAACAGAGGAGGAAUCCGCGGACCAUGCACCGCUGAGAAGAGGAGAGGCCCCGUGGCCCUUUUGCGUGGUGGUGGAAGCGUCGUCACGGAGACCCCGGCGGACGGCGCGGCUCCGAUGGAGCGCCAGGAGGGGUCCGAGGACGGGAGCAAGGCGAGCCGCAGCGACGGCGAGGAGGAGAAGUCGCCCAGCUACAGCUGCGGGAUCUGCGGCAAGGGCUUCCCCUUCCAGAGCUCGCUCUCGCAGCACAUGCGCAAGCACACGGGCGCCCGGCCCUACAAGUGCCCCUACUGCCACCACAGGGCCUCCCAGAAGGGCAACCUCAAGGUUCACAUCCGCAGCCACAAGAUCGCCACCCUGAGCCACGGCUACAAGGAGGAGGAGGAGGAGGUGGAGGCGGGGCUCGCCGAGCUGGGGGAGGGGCAGGUGGGGGAGGGGCUGGACGGCGGCUGCACCAGCCCGACCAAGAGCGCGUCCGCCUGCAACGGGGCGGCCGGAGGGGGCGGGGCCAGGGAGGACCGGGCCAAGACCCUGAUGAGGAGCGUCAAGAGGGGGAAGGGCGAGGCCGGCGCGUCGGCGUUCCGCUGCUCCGUCUGCGGGAGGAGCAUGGGGAGCCGGGCGGAGCUGGAGCAGCACGCGCAGGCCUGCCGGCGGCCGUACCGCUGCCGCCUGUGCGGCUACGAGACCCAGAGGGAGGACCAGCUCCUCAGCCACGUGGAGAAGGCCCACAUCACCGUGGACGGCUCGGCGGCCGAGGGCGAGGUCGGGCCGGACGAGGGCGGGGAGGGGGAGGGCGAGGGCGAGGUCGAGGGGGAAGGCGAGGGCGAAGGUGCUGAGGGCGAGUUCCCCUGCGAGGUGUGCGGCCAGCUCUUCACCCAGGCCUGGUUCCUGAAGGCGCACAUGAAGAAGCACCUGGGCACCUUCGAGCACGGCUGCCGCGUGUGCGGGCGCCGCUUCCGCGAGGCCUGGUUCCUCAAGAACCACAUGAAGACCCACGGGGCCCGGGCCGGGGGGCGGGCGACCCGGCAGCGGCCCGACCCGGAGCACGCCGCCACCAUCAACGACGUGGCCCAGGACGAGGCGCCCGGAGCGGGCGUGGCCUGCCUCUACCAGCUCUGCUCCAGGUGCGGGAACCUCUUCCACGACCGGGAGAACCUGAGGGCCCACGAAAGGGUCCACAGCCAGACCCACCCCCCCGCGCCGGGCGCCAGGCAACAGGGCCGCGGGAAGCACGGCGGCAACGACGACGACUCGGACGCACCCGCCACCAAGAGGCGCUUCAUGGAGCAUCUGGGCCUCGUGCCCGUGGGGCUCAAAGGCCCCUCGGCCCAGAGGACGCUGGGAAGGCGCAUCCCGGAGCUGGACCCGGUGUGCAGCUACCAGGCCUGGCAGCUGGCCACCCGGGGCAGGGUGGUGGAGGCGGCGGAGAACGGGCGGGGCCUGGGCUGGGACGAGGCGCUGGCGGACGCCGACGUGGCGUACGACCGGGACAGGGGCGAGUACGUCCUGGUGGGGCAGGAGAAGCGCCGGCGGGAGGCGGAGCCGCACGGCGCGGGUGGGAAGAGGCGGGGCAGCGCGGGCCACACCCCCCAGAUCGGCGGUCACCGGGGCGGCGAGAGGCUCGGCCACGCCUCCUCCUCGGGCGACGUCAGCCCCGACAGCCUGAGCGACUCGGAGUACCGCCCCCCGUCCCGCCAGGGCCGCCGCUCCUCCCGCAGCAAGUCCGCCGAGUGCUUCGAGUGCGGCAAGACCUUCCGCUCCCACCAGCAGAUGGCGCUGCACCUGCGCGUGCACCGCAGGGAGGGGCGGGGCGCCGGCGAGGGCGGGGCCGGGGGCGCGGCCCGCUGGGGUUCGGUCAGCGAGGCGGAGUCCGGAUCUGCCAGCCCGGGCUCGCCCCCAUCCUCUGCCCAGGGAGAGGACGGGACAGGGGAGAGAGGCCAGCUCACCUCCACUGAUGAAAAGCCAUACGUUUGCAACCUCUGUGACUUUGCGACAGCUGACUCCGCCUUCUUCGCGUCACACAUUCAAAGCCACCAGGAGGACGCGCGGAACACCCCCGCUCCAGGCUCUAAAGCGCACGUGGCAAAUUCGACAGGAAACGACGCAGAGAGAGGAAGCCAUAGCACUUACUCAAAACUGAGGAAAGCCCUCCUUCAGCAGCCGAUUCGCCAUUCUGCCCUCUGCUCCCGCCCCGAGGAGAUCCCGUGGACCAAUCAGAACUUGCCAGACGACCAAACGCCCGAGAGCCACUCCCCAAAUGGGUCUCGCCCAGCUCCCCUGAAUCUGUCUGUCCAAUCAGAAGGCUGGAGAAACGGGCCCUCCUCGCUGCUGAAGGACGGGCUGGUCAGACACCGGUGCUCGUACUGCUCGUACGUCACGUACUACCCCGAGGUGCUGUGGAUGCACCAGACCGUGUCCCACAAGGUCAACAGCAGCGCCCUGGCGCCCAAAUGGGCCGUGAGGACCAGCCUGAAGGCCCCUAAGGAGGGCCUGGCUUUCCCCAGACGCACGGGGCCCCCGCCGGUACUGGGGGGGAAGGACUGCCCCGCCCUCCCCUCCACCCUGACCCCCCGCACACGCCCGCCAGCGCCCGGCAUCGCCAGGCGGGACAAGGCCGGCGCGACCGGCUGCAGUCAGCCCGGCACCUCCCAGGCCAGGGCCCCGCCCCCGGCCGUAAGACCGGCCCCCGGCCCCAGCCCCGCCCCCAGCCCGACGGCCGUCAGGAACCACAGAGCCCCCAAGCGCAAGGCAGAGGAGUCCCCGCAGAGCCGGCCGCGGGUGGAGAUCUACGCCAAGGUGCCGUCGGCCGGGGCCUUGGAGAAGAGCGCGGGGGUGCCUCAGAGGCCUCCCCCCGGCUCCAAAACGGGGGGCCAGCCGGGGGACAGGUACCUGCUGCCCCAGGAGGGCCUGGGCUUCAUGCUGUCCACCAAACACGGCCUGUCGGAGCACGUUAGGGGACGGGCGUCCCCCCUGCCCCAGCUGCCCCCGCACCUCUCCCAGGGCAGGACUAAGACCCGCAGCCCGCAGGCGCCGCUGCCGGCCCGACAGGCGGCCGCCGACCCCUGGGCGGCGGAGGGCAUCGUUGGGAGCGGGUACGGGUCCUCCCAGUCGCUCUGGAGCCCCGUCCCAGCCCCCCGGGCCCAGCACGCCGAGCCCAAGCAGGAGCCCACGGGCGAGGCCCCCGACACUCCCUCCGACAUCCUCAGCUUCCUGAAGAACUGCAACUCCCAUGACCUCGCUACCCUCUACCACCGCUGGGGCUCCACCAAUCCCCUGCUGGAUCACACGGGGGCGCUCAGGUCACUGGUGCGGCAGGGAGACUACAUCUGUCGGGAGUGCGGGAAGAGCUUCAGUCAGCCCAGCCACCUCCGCACGCACAUGAGGUCCCACACAGGCGAGAGACCGUUCCGGUGCCAGCUCUGCCCAUACAGCGCUUCUCAGAAAGGGAACCUAAAGACCCACGUCAUGUGCGUGCACGGCGUCCCCUUCGACAACGCCCAGUACCCCGACGGGAGGGCCCGCCCGCCCGGGGGCAGCGACCUCGCCCGCCACCACGAGGACCGGGACCGCCCGGGCGACCGGGACUGCCCCCUCCCACCCGAGAGCACCGCCCUGGACCGGGAGGCGGACGCUCUGACCGUAACAACCAGACAAAUAAGGAACCCGGCCAACUGAGCACAGCCAGGCCGCUCGCACGCGGGGCCUGGUCCCCGGCCCCUGGGAUGACCGGAGUCACAUUUUCCACCUGCUUUUGCCCUGAGGACGUGAGACAAAUUAAACCUUUAUCAAGGGUCCGAGGAACAAUGACACUGUGAAAUGGAUCACUGCUUAGAGAUCACAUGACCCGAGUUUGGGGUAUUGCUCUGCUAUUUUUCUAGUCCCUCUCUCUCUCUCUUCUUUCCCCCUCCCCUCUUUUUCUAGAUUACAGAUAUUCACGCGAGGCAGGACACGAAACCAAACACCUCAGAUAGCAACCCCAAAAAACACUAGCCCUCCCAGACCGGGGCGUGGCACGUGUUUACACGGACGGCUGUGAUGCUUCGGCCGCUGUGUUUUUGAUUCGCCAAGGAUUUUACCAAACUUGAAAAGCCAUCAGACCAGUUCACACCCGACGUGGAACUUUGCGAAAUUUGCUUUUAAUUUUUUCAGAAAACAAAUUAAACUUCUGCUUUAAGAGCACCUGCUUGAAUUUGAAAAACAAUGUGCUCAUCGCUGUGAACACGUUCUCUCAGAGGGAAGGGUGACACCAAACUCUCGUUUAGGUCCGGUGGCCGUUUUAGAAUGAGAGUGUGUUUGCCUUUUUUUUCUUUUUUUUUUUUUGCUGUGACUAAAAAAGAUUUGGAGCAAAUGGGUCCGACCCUGCAAAACUAAACAUUGAUUUAUUAGAAAAUAUUAAUGUGGACUGGCUCACUAUAGCUUUCCCAUUUUCUCAGGACAUGAUUCACUGAUGCUUUUUCUGUUUGUGUAUUUCCCUCAAUUAAUUCCCUGCUAUUUGACAUGCAUUUGAUUGGCUUGGGAACUCUCACUGAAUCAUAAAAUGUGAAAUCCAAAAUUUAAGGAAUAUAUUUUAAUAAUGCUGCACACAAUAGAACAGAUUUUUUUUGUUGCUGCUUUUGUGUAUGUAAUUUAAUGCAUAUGUUGCAACUGCAUAAUUCGUAGCAUAUUGAAGAAGCAAUAACAGAUGUAUUUUGACAGGCGACAUAUUUUGCGAUAUAUUUCAUAAUAUAUUCCUUAUAUUAUCGAUUUCAUGUGCUACCAGAUACAAUUGAAUAUGAAGAUUUUUUCAUGAGGGAAAUACAUACUGUUUACCUCAGAGACAUGUGAGUACUUAAAGCCAUGUGGUAUAUGCAAUGAUAAGACCACCGUAGUGGUAUUUAUUUUACAGUUAUCUUGUACCUGUUGUUGUCUAGUAAUAUCAGGUAGCACAUGCAGCAUCGGGUUAAUGCAUUACGGAAAACGACAUGCCUUGAGACAGACGGUGCGAGAGAGGAACUGACCAAUUAAAUUAUUUUUUAAUAAAAGCGUUAUGAGCUACUUUUGAGCUCCACAAAUGUAUGAUAACAAAUGAAAAAAAUUCCAAGCAUGCAAAUAUCUUUAUAUAUAUUUUGAGACAUCGGUAGUUUUUACAUGUACAAUGAUGAUAUAGUUUCUGUAUCACUUGGGUAACUGUGUAGAUACAGUAUGUGUAUGCUUUCAUACAGGUGUGCUUACAGUACAAAAAAUGAAAAUUAUGCACUUGUAACUGUGUAUAUUUACAUACCGGAUGGUAUGAACUGAUUUAACAAUUUUGCUAUUGUUAUUGAUUAAGUACAUUAUUUACCAUAGACUUAUUCUAGCUUGUUGUUAUGACUUACUGGCCUUGUGCUGACUAAGCAGAAACAGAGAGAGGGUGAUGUCUUCUCCUCUUUCUGUCUAACCAAACCCUUUACAGCAUCAGAUACCAAACAGUUGUUGGUAAGCCUCGGUGCACUUAAGAUAUGAUAUUGCUUUAAUAUUUAUUGUGUUUCGCUUGCGUUUGGUGAGGUGAAAGGGGUGUGAGUGCUUAACUAACAAAAUUUCAGCUUUCAUUAUUUCAUUUUCUUUUCCAUACCCAAGUACUUUGAAUAUAAUUUCUAAUGUGGGCAUUUUGUGUGAGAGGUUCAUUAAAAUGUGCAUUUUUAGAAACCCAAUUUGAAGAGGUAGAUCUAUGAAUAAAUUACACUUGAUUGCUAUGUAUUAAUGGAAGAUUAUAUACAUAUAUAUAUAUAUAUAUAUGUGUAUAUAUAUAUAUAUAUAUAUAUAUAUAUAUAUAUAUACAUAUAUAUAUACACAUACACACGACAGUCAGUGUACUAAAGACUUGCCUUUUUUACUGACUGAAAUACAUUAACCUCUGCAUGCACACUUUACAUUUAAGAUUUACAUCUGACUCUUGGCUCCAACCUCUAUGGAGCAUUGAUUUUUCUGAAUAUACAUGAUUAGAAUUUGUAUGCUGUCUAAAACAUUCCAUUAACCAUUCCCGGCUGAAACCAACGGCAAAUAAUCACAUCUGAGACAAAAUUACUACAUCCAUAAAUCAAUAACAUAUAAUUAACGUAUCUGAGACAAAAAAAAACAGAAAGAGCGAAAGAAGAAAAGGCGCAGUGCUUAGACAGUGUCAGCCAACGGAGCUGGUUUAUGGGUGUGCGGUAUACUCGACCAGGAUACGCGUACGUCUUUCUUACAGAAUUCCCAGAUACAAGGGGACUGUACAACAGCAGCUAGUCUCUGAUGUCUCCUCUAUAGAUAGGGUUUGUUCAGUUGUAGGCAAGGUGGCAUUCCAAAGAACCUGGCUAGGUUUAUUAUAUUUUAGAUUUUUUUGUGCGUGUGCGCGUGUUUCAGAGAAAUUUUGUAUUGAUUUGAUUUUAGUUCUUUGCUAGCUAAUAGUAUUUAAAACUGUAUUUUUUCUUUUUUGUAAUAAUUAUCAUGUCGUAAUGGAUCAGCAUAAAUGCAACACCAUCAUUUUCUUUUUUAUUAUAACAUUCUGCAAUUUCCACCUGACAAACUGUUACCAAUAAGAACUUCUCUACCUCUCCUGAUACUCCUGAUUCUCAUGUCUGAACAGUUGUUUUGUAUGUGGUUCCAAUGGCAAUGUAAUUUCCACAUUAAAAGAUGAAUAAGAGCCUU